AUGAAGUGGUUCGUCUCCGCCAUCGCUUUCCUCGCCGUCCAGGUCGUCUCUGCCUCUCCUUUGGAGAAAAGGGCUGGUGUUAACGACGUUGCAAAUGUCGGUUACGCUACUCUUAACGGAGGAACUUCUGGUGGAUCCGGUGGUCCGACUACCGUUGUGACGUCCCUCGCUGCUUUGACUUCCGCUGUUACUGGCGACGCGAAGAAGAUUGUCAUCAUUUCAGGCACCAUCACCGGAAACGCCGUCGUCAAAGUCGGAUCCAACACAUCUGUCCUUGGUAGGAACGCUGUGCUCAACGGUGUUGGUCUUCGUGUCAUCAAUGUCAACAAUGUCAUUAUCCGCAACAUCAAGAUUUCCAAGGUCUUGGCUUCGGCUGGUGACGCUAUCGGUAUUCAGGCCGCUCAUCAAGUUUGGAUUGACCAUCUCGACUUAUCCAGCGACCGUGACCACGACAAGGACUUCUAUGACGGCCUUCUCGAUAUCACCCACGGAGCCACCGGCGUCACCGUCACUAACACCAAGUUGCACGACCACUGGAAGGCUUCCUUGGUCGGCCACUCCGACAGCAACGGUUCUGAGGAUGUCGCUAUCACCGUCACCUACGCCAACAACGUCUUCUCUACCUUGAACUCCAGGACCCCUUCCUUCCGCUUCGGGCACGGUCACAUCUUCAACAACGUCUUUGACAACAACAACGACGGAAUCAACACCCGUGACGGCGCUCAACUUCUCGUCGAGAACAAUGUCUGGACAGGCACGAAAAAGCCCCUCUACGCAACCGACGAAGGUUUCGCCGUCGCACGCGGAAACGACUUCGGAGGUGCCUCCAACACCGCGCCUGGGGGCUCCUUCACCUCCGCCCCCUACUCCUACUCGCUCGUUGCCGCAGGCAGCGUCAGGUCCGCUACAUCCUCAGCUGGGGCCACCCUUUCUUUCUAA